UGAGACCCAACCCGAGGGGCUUACUUAGGAUUCAGGCUUUGCCGCCCUGGAAACUGAGGUCAGACUGGGAGGUUGACCUCCGUGCCCAAGGGCACAUCUCCUCAGGGUGGCGGCGAGCUGGGAACCCUGAUUACCCGGCAGGCAUCCGCGCUGCUUUGCGGUGUGGUGGUCGCUGGGCCUGCCUCUCCACCAGCCUGGGCGACAGACCGUUUUGCAUGGGGAAGGCCAGGGGAAUGUAGAGUGACAAGCAACGCAUUGGAAGUCAUCUUAAGUAAUGGGGGUUGGUGGUGGUUAGAGUUGGGGUGGCUGCCUGCUUUUGCUAAUUUGUGUUCCAGUAGUUGCUGCAGACACCCACCCUCCUAUGGAAAGGAAGCUUGAAACGAAAGCCCUGAGCAGGGCUGGUCUGGGGAGUGGGGGACACAGUGGCUUCCCACAGGGUAGUGAAGUUGUGGGGAGGAUGAGCCUGUAACGGUCUGGUCCUUAGAGGAGUGGAUAGCGAUCCAUGAGGGUUCAGACAUGAACGGCCCAUCCCUUAUUUCCAUACUAUGUGUUUAUGAAUGAAAGCAGUUUAGGGAUGCAUAGUAAUUAAGGCGUGAUAAGCACCCUGGCAAGGGAACUUUGCUGUGUCCCCAGAAAGGCUGAAGGAUCCCAGUGUGUCUGGUUCCCCUUGUUGACAGAGCUUCCUGUUUGCUGACAUGGCUUCUGCUGUCACGGGUUUUGUGUGUGGGUGUGUGGGUGGUUUUGGCCCUCAUCCCUGCUUGUGUAGAGGCUGAUGGUUGAGUUGGUAAGCCUGGCUCCUGUGCUUGGUACUGUCUUGGUGGCUGUGCCACCCCAUGUGACUUCUCCCCUCUUGAGGUGGCAGUUGCCAGCAUUCUUACCAUGCUUGUCACUUUGGAACAUGCCUGGUCUUGUUGCCUGGGUGAUAACUUAGGGGUCAGAUGAGGGAGAUGGGAUCCUCCGUUGCUGUCCUGAAUCGGGGGAGGUAUCUGCUGGAGGGGCUGGGCCAGGCCUUUUGCUUAUCUGUUGCGCUCAGGGCUUUGGGCUGGAAGAGAGGGAGAGGGUCAGGAGAUGGCAGGACAGCUGACCACUGAUAGCUGAAAAAUUUUUGGGCCAGAGAGUCAGGCCUGGAGCCUGAUUAUCAGUUUCCCUAUCUAGAAUGAGUGGAAAAAACCCCCCAUAAAACCAGGCUUCAUUUACCCUAUUAUUGCCCAAACGACAGGCUUCAGAACAACUUCAGACUGUUUCUCCAAGGGGGAGCUCAAGGUUCCACUGAGGGCCCUUUGUAGAGCUGGGUUAGUCCUGGCUAGCUGCUGCUAGCUUCUGGUCCAUACAUUAGCUGCCUUGGCUCCCUCCUUCCCCAGCUUAGAUUGUGAAUCCAUUCUUCCGGGGUCUUCUCCCUCUUCAGGUUCAGGGUCUGAAAGGGACCAGUAAUAUUAUGAAUUGAUUUUAGCCAGUAUGUAGGUGGAGAUGUUUAUGGGGAUGGGUACCUUGCUCUAGGAUAGCUGGGCAGGGGUUUGGUGUCCUGUGCACUAACAGCCCUGGUCUUUGGAGCCUUUUACAAAACAACCAGGAGUGAGGGGUGCAGGCUGGUCUGUGAACCGACUGCACUUGAAUGUCCUCACACGUGAAUUUGGAGCUGUUGUAGCUUGGACUAGCCUGGAACUUGUUAUGUAUGUAGCCCAGGCUGGUCUUGACCUGUGUUGCCCGGCCUAACCUGGAACUCAGGCUCAUCCUGCCUCAGCCUCCUUCUUGGAUCUGGAAUCACAGGCGUGUGCUGCCACACCCUGCCUGAUACCAUGUUUAUUACGGAACACGAGUAUACCUUUCCAGUACCCCUGUAUUCAUCUGAAUCAGUACUGUUCCCUGCUCUGCCUUUUUUUGUGUGUAGGUACAACCUGACUUCUUUAAAUACACGCAAAGUACUCUGCCGUAAGAGACUUAGUACUGUGGCAAGGACCCUUUAUGGGCUACUUGCUAGUGCCUCCGGGUGGCGGGUCCUGUUUAAGUCAUCCGUCUUCCAGGCCCAGAAUUGAGCUGCAGUUCUCUUGGACAGGCAGGGGAUAUGUGACCAUUACAGAUGGGCUGGGGCAGGAUUGCAGGGGGAGGUGCAAGGAUUCGCAGAGGUCCCAGGAGCAGAGCAUUCUUGACCAAGAUGUGCAGCUGGCUCGGGGGCCCUCGCAAGUGUGUGAAAAGACGCUGGCACUUCCAAGGAGAGCAAAGGUUCAGACAAUGAAUUACGUGGGGCAGCUGGCUGGCCAGGUGUUUGUGACCGUGAAGGAGCUCUACAAGGGACUGAACCCUGCCACGCUGUCAGGAUGCAUCGACAUCAUCGUCGUCCGCCAGCCCAAUGGCAGUCUGCAGUGCUCUCCUUUCCACGUCCGCUUCGGGAAGAUGGGUGUUCUGCGUUCCCGGGAGAAAGUGGUGGACAUAGAGAUCAACGGGGAGUCUGUGGAUUUGCACAUGAAGCUGGGAGACAAUGGAGAAGCCUUUUUUGUUCAGGAGACUGACAAUGACCAGGAAGUCAUCCCCAUGUACCUGGCCACAUCUCCAAUCCUGUCGGAAGGAGCUUCUCGAAUGGAAAGCCAGCUGAAAAGGAACUCCGUGGACAGAAUCAGGUGCUUGGAUCCCACCACAGCUGCCCAGGGCCUGCCUCCCAGUGACACCCCAUCCACUGGUUCCCUGGGGAAGAAGCGGAGGAAAAGGAGGAGGAAGUCUCAGUUGGACAAUCUCAAAAGAGAUGAGAACAUCAACACGUCUGAGGAUGAAGACAUGUUUCCCAUAGAGAUGAGCUCUGAUGAGGACACAGCACCCAUGGACGGAAGCAGAACUCUCCCUAAUGAUGUGCCACCAUUCCAAGAUGAUAUUCCUAAGGAAAAUCUCCCCUCAAUUUCAUCGUAUCCCCAGUCAGCAUCGUACCCCAAUUCAGAUCGAGAGUGGUCCCCCAGCCCCAGCAGCCUGGUAGAUUGCCAGAGGACUCCCCCUCACCUUGCAGUAGUGGCCGAGGGAGUUCUCUCUAGCUCUUGCCCUCCACAGUCUUCCCACUUCCGUGCUUCGGAAAGUCCUUCAGGCUCCCGUCCCUCAACACCAAAGAGCGAUUCCGAAUUGGUCAGUAAGUCUGCAGACAGGGCGACACCAAAGAGUAACCUGGAAAUGCUCUGGCUUUGGGGUGAAUUGCCGCAGGCUGCCAAGUCAUCUUCUCCACACAAGAUGAAAGACUCCAGUCCCUUAGGGAGCCGGAAGAUUCCUGAUAAAAUUCACUUUCAGGCCAUUCAUAGCGAGUCUUCAGACACCUUUAGUGACCAGUCGCCAACACUGGCCCAGGGCCCGCUGCUUCACCAGAGCAAGGCGCAGACGGAAAUGCAGUUUGUGAGCGAGGAGGAUCUUGAGGCUUUAGGAGCUGCGGCCCCACCGUUACCCGUGGCCGAAGAGCUCAAGCCCCCAGCUGCCAGCACAACACAGACAACGAACAAGACAGACUCCCCUUCCAGAAAGAAAGAUAAGCGGAGUCGACACCUGGGCGCUGAUGGCGUGUAUCUGGAUGACCUCACGGACAUGGACCCUGAAGUGGCAGCCCUGUAUUUCCCCAAGAAUGGUGAUCCCGCUGGGCUCCCCAAACAAGUCUGCGACAAUGGAGCCAGGUCAGCCAACCAGUCCCCACAGUCUGUGGGCAGUUCGGGCAUCGACAGUGGUGUGGAGAGCACCUCGGAUGGCCUGAGGGACCUGCCAUCCAUAGCCAUCUCCCUCUGUGGUGGCCUCAGUGACCACAGAGACAUCACCAAAGAUGCAUUCCUGGAGCAGGCCGUGUCAUAUCAGCAGUUUGCAGACAACCCCGCUAUCAUCGAUGACCCCAAUCUCGUGGUCAAGAUUGGUAAUAAGUAUUACAACUGGACAACAGCAGCUCCUCUGCUUCUGGCGAUGCAGGCUUUCCAGAAACCUUUGCCAAAGGCCACUGUGGAAUCCAUCAUGAGAGAUAAGAUGCCCAAAAAGGGAGGAAGAUGGUGGUUUUCCUGGAGGGGAAGAAACGCCACAAUCAAAGAAGAAAGCAAGCCCGAGCAGUGCCUGCCAGGGAAGGGCCACACUACAGGAGAGCAGCCUGCACAGCUUGGCCUAGCUCCCAGAAUAAAGCAUGAGUCAUCCUCCAGCGAUGAAGAACACUCGGCUGCCAAGCCAUCCAGCUCAAGCCACCUCUCUCUUUUAUCCAACGUCAGCUAUAAAAAGACCCUGCGGCUCACGUCGGAGCAGUUGAAAAGCUUGAAGUUGAAGAAUGGCCCCAAUGAUGUGGUUUUCAGUGUCACCACGCAGUACCAGGGCACCUGCCGUUGUGAAGGCACCAUCUACUUGUGGAACUGGGAUGACAAAGUGAUCAUCUCAGAUAUCGACGGGACCAUCACAAGAUCCGAUACUCUUGGUCAUAUUUUGCCCACACUGGGAAAGGAUUGGACCCACCAGGGCAUUGCGAAGCUGUACCAUAAAGUCAGUCAGAACGGCUACAAGUUUCUCUACUGUUCGGCACGUGCCAUUGGAAUGGCAGACAUGACAAGGGGCUACCUUCACUGGGUCAAUGAGAGGGGCACGGUGCUGCCGCAGGGGCCUCUUCUGCUUAGCCCAAGCAGCCUCUUCUCUGCCUUGCACAGAGAAGUGAUUGAAAAGAAGCCAGAAAAGUUCAAAGUCCAGUGUUUGACAGACAUCAAAAACCUGUUUUUCCCAAACACGGAACCCUUCUACGCUGCUUUUGGGAACCGACCUGCUGAUGUAUAUUCCUACAAGCAAGUGGGAGUGUCCCUGAACAGGAUCUUCACUGUCAACCCCAAGGGAGAGCUGGUGCAGGAGCAUGCCAAGACCAACAUCAGCUCGUAUGUAAGGCUCUGUGAAGUGGUUGACCACGUCUUCCCAUUGCUGAAGAGAAGCCAUUCCUCCGACUUCCCCUGUUCAGAUACUUUCAGUAACUUCACCUUUUGGAGAGAACCGCCGCCACCCUUUGAAAACCAGGACGUACAUUCAGCUUCAGCUUGAUGCGACCAAGCAUUAAAGGAUAGGUUCUGGGGACCCUGGAGCUGCUGGGAAGGAUGGCGUGUGGCCAUCUGCCUAAGAGAGAAGUGUUCCUUCCUUGACCUGCCUGCCCUGGGGUGACAUUGCUAAAGCGUGGAGGGUGGAUGGAGGCCGCAUCUCAUCCCGUGGACUGCAUGAGGAUUAGGAGCACUAGAAGCGUGCAAAGUGGUCCUCUGUCCGGUUUAACGUGCACAAAGCUGCAUACCCCAGCCCGUUCCAGCAGUUAGUCAAUGUGCAGUAUGGAUGGUGACCCCUCAGCAUAAGUGGGCUGGCUACCUGAGAGCUGUCUCAGUGUCAGCGUGCUCCCACCCCCCUGGGAACUCUGAUGUGCACAGUUUAGGGUAGCACAAGGGGCACAUUUCCAUGACAGUGACAUCCGUGCCACCUUCCACACAUAUAGAUGGGCUCUCUUCAGAGUCUGAGUGCUCUGAAGGGAAGCAUCCGGUGCUCAAUGGGUCUCAGGCUUUGACUUUAUAGCCGCUCCCUUGCAGUAUUGCUGACUUAGUUUCACUGUAGGAGAUAAGCUCUUGAAUUGCCCUGGUUAAAGACGGCCUGUGCCGUUGGUGCAUCUCUCCCCACUCCUCAUAGCUCAAGGCUGGGCUAUUAUUUAUGCCUUAACACAUCUGCAGCAGGCAUUUGCUUUGAGCGCACUGUCUAGUUCUCCGUAACUGCGAUGCCUUACAUUAAAUGAUAGCCCCUAGGGCAGCGUCUGCGGCGUCGCGUCUGCGUCCCACCGCCAGC